AUGCGUCUGAAGCUUGAGAUGCCGCAGCAAGAGACCCCCAAAGAGGACGUCCGACCGCGCAAAAGACCGAUGCCGCGCAAAGCAGAGAUGAAGGCAGCAGAAUCAAUCAAAGCAGCAGAUCAAAGCAAGCUCGAAAUCCCUCAGCUCGACAUCUCCAAAGAGGAAUCGCGCAAGCUCAAGCUCCGAAAAGCCGCUGCAAAACGCUGGGUACCCAAUCUUCAAAGGCCCCCGCCUCAGCUAAAAGAGAUCAACGCUGCCUACAACAAUAAGCUUAUGAGGCAUUACACCGACGGAACUGCAGCACCGUCAGACAACAUCAUCAGACCGCCAAUCAACAGGUCCGCCCGUGUCGACGCUUUACUGGCAACGCUCCCACUUCAACCGGAACAAAAGCUGCCAAAGCCACUCAGUCAAAUACAAGCCGAGCACCGCGAACAAGUCAGAGUUGCCGCACUUUUGGAGCCAAACAGGAAAAUCACAGAAAGUGCGUACGCCAAAGAAUUAGCGAAGGAAGCUUUCUCGUCAAAUGGAAAACCUCGUGACCGCAAAAGUCUCAAGCGCAAGAGGAAGGCGAAGACGAGUGGGUUCGCGGAGUCCACUGGGCAGGAUGGAGUGUGA